AUGUCAACCCGCUCGCCACAAUUUCACUUUGGUAGAUUCUCUCUCUCCGCGACUGGCGUCAUAGUCUGCAUCCUUUCGGUCCUAUACCUUCUCUCGCUUGGCUACUACCACGGCGCCAGCUAUCGUGAUCCCACGUCCUACUUCUUCAAUCCGAGCCUUGCUUACGAGAAGCUGUAUUCAUCCCACCGGAUCACGGAAGCGGAGGCUUAUCUGAGUGCGGCUGGCGACAUUAAACCCCCGGCGAGACUCCCCGGAGGGAAGCCGAAAAUCUGCGUCGGCAUAGCGACGGUUCGGCGACGUGGGGACCAAUAUGUUGGCUUGACAGUCGCGUCCCUCCUGGAUGGUCUCAGUGAACCCGAAAGGAAAAGCGUAUUUCUCGACCUCCUUGUUGGAAAUUCUGACCCCGCCGAUCAUCCGAUUUACUCGGAGAAAUGGGCAGAAACGCUUCCCGAUCGCUUACUCACAUACUCGAAAGACGAUGCCGACUUCGAGCAAAUACAAAAAUGGGAGGAGGGCGGAUGGUAUCGAAAUAAGUCUAUCUACGAUUAUACGCAUUUGAUGAAGAAUUGCUACGAUACGGGGGCGGAAUACGUCGCGAUGAUUGAGGAUGAUACCUUGGCGGUUAAGGGCUGGCUCCCGUCUGCCUUACGAGCUCUCGACGCGGCCCAGGAGCGUAGCGCUGGUCGAGACUGGGUGUAUCUUCGUCUGUUCUAUGUGGAUGAUCUCCUCGGCUGGAACUCUGAGGAAUGGCCGAAAUACUUGUUCUGGUCCCUGAUAGUUUGGGCAUUGCUCACGGGAUCCAUGGUGGCAGCCAAGAAAACCUUCAAGACGCAGCUCAAGUCCAUACCAAACAGUGCAAUUUGGAUCACAUCCGGGGUAUUCAUUCCCGCUGCCAUCGCGCUCCAUUUUAUGGCAGGCCGACAAACAAUGUGGCCCAUGUCACCCGGUGUUCAUGAGAUGAACAAAUACGGAUGCUGCUCCCAAGGCCUUGUUUUCCCUCGAUCCAUCAUCCCAUCCUUCCUCGAACAGACCGACUUGGCCACUGAUUGGUUGGUUGAUAUGAUGAUUGAGAAGAUUGCCAACCGCGAGGAAUGGACUCGAUGGGCCGUGGUUCCGCCAUUGCUACAACAUAUUGGCGCCACGAGCUCCAAAGGAUACGGCUUUGACAAUUCUGCAAAAACCAUAUGGAAUUUCAAAUUUGAAGAAUACCCUUACUAG